GGUCUCUCGCCCCCCAGCCACGGGCUAUGCGGGGCCCUGCACCGAUAUCGAGUCUAUUUAAGGAAGCCCGACCCAAACUGGCCCCCGGGGCUUGCUGCGGCGGCGGGGCCGGGCCGGGGGCGGGGGCGGGGGGUGCGCUGAGCACGGCGGGUCCCAGCCCGCCCCUUCCCCGCCCGCCGCCUCCGCCAUGGGCGCCGCGGGGCCGCUCUGCGUCCUCCUCCUGCUGCUGGGCACCAGGACCGGGACUGGCACCGGCACCGGCACCGGGACAGCGCCACCGCGCCUGGUACUCGCCCUCCUGGCCCGGAACGCGCAGCACUCGCUGCCGCACUGCCUGGGAGCCCUGGAGCGCUUGGACUAUCCCGCAGGCAGCAUCGCCCUGUGGUGAGGCAGCGAGACCCCCGCGGGGAGCAGGGACGCCGCGGUGUGCAACAGACCACAACUCGGACAACACGACAGCAAUGCUGCAGGAGUGGCUGGGGGCGGUGGGGAAGGACUAUCACUCGGUGGCCUGGAAGGUGCAAGAGGAGCCCAGCUCCUACCCUGAUGAGCUUGGUCCCAAGCACUGGAGUGACAAACGUUAUGAAAACGUGAUGAAGUUGAAGCAGGAAGCUCUCACCUACGCCCGGGAGCAGCAGGCAGACUACAUCCUGUUCAUGGACACUGACAGCAUCCUGACCAACAACCAGACCCUCAAGUUUCUCAUGGCACAGAACAAAUCAGUGGUGGCCCCCAUGCUGGACUCACAGACCUUCUACUCCAACUUCUGGUGUGGCAUCACACCCCAGGGGUACUAUCGCCGGACAGCCGACUACUUCCCCACCAAGAACCGGCAGCGGGUGGGCUGCUUCCGUGUCCCCAUGGUCUAUGCCACCUUCCUGAUCGACCUGCGGAAGGAGGACACCUUGCAGUUGGCUUUCUACCCGCCCCAUCCCAACUACACCUGGGCCUUCGAUGACAUCAUUGUCUUUGCCUACUCCUGCCAGGAGGCUGGUGUGGAGGUCCAUGUGUGCAACCAGCACCACUUUGGUUACAUCAAUGUUCCUGUGAAGGCCCACCAGACACUAGAGGAUGAUCAUGCCAACUUUGUGCAUCUCACGCUGGAGGCAAUGGUGGAUGGUCCCCCCAUGCAGCGCUCCAGGCACAUUUCUCUCCUGCCCAGGCCACUCACAAAAAUGGGCUUUGAUGAAGUCUUCCUAAUUAACCUGGUGCGGAGGCCAGACCGGCGGCAGCGAAUGCUGGCAUCCCUGCAGGAGCUGGAGAUCAGUCCACGGGUGGUGGAUGCUGUGGAUGGCAGCACCCUCAACAGCAGUGACAUCAAGGUGCUGGGUGUGGACUUGCUACCUGGCUACUACGAUCCCUUCUCCGGCCGCACGCUCACCAAGGGCGAGGUUGGCUGCUUCCUCAGCCACUACAAUAUCUGGAAGGAGAUCGUGUCCAGGAGGCUGGAGCGGUCAGUGGUCUUCGAGGAUGAUGUGCGCUUCGAGGCUGCCUUCCCAGCACGGCUGCAGCGGCUGAUGGAGGAGCUGGAGCAGGCACAGCAGGACUGGGACCUCAUCUACCUGGGGAGGAAGCAGGUGAACGAUGAGGAUGAGGCACCUGUGAAAGGCGUGCGGAACCUGGUGGUGGCCGGGUACUCGUACUGGACACUGGCCUACGCCAUCUCCCACCAUGGGGCACGGAAGCUGCUGGCCACCAAACCCCUCUCCAAAAUGCUGCCUGUGGACGAGUAUCUGCCCAUCAUGUAUGACAAGCACCCCAAUGAGGAUUACAAGCGGCACUUCUCCCCACGGGACUUGCUGGUGUUUUCGGCUCACCCCCUCCUGGUUUAUCCCACUCAUUAUGCUGGGGACAGCAACUGGCUGAGUGACACUGAGACUUCCACCAUCUGGGAUGACGAUGCCAAGAAGACUGACUGGGUUGGCUCACAGAAGACACUGCGGGACUCACGGGGCAGUGCUGGCCACCUCCGCUCCACGGCCCAUGACGAGCUCUGAUGGGAUGAGGGAUGGUGAUCCAGCUGGGAGCACCGUGGGAAAGGACCUUACACUGCCCACUCCCACUCAGGAGAUGCAGCUGCCCUGGACAGAACCCUACAGGAUUCUUUGAAUCUGCAUGUGACAAAUCCACCCAAGGCAGGAUUUGCCCCAGGAAAGCCUUUCCCUACCAAGUGGAGAGACCAGAGGAGUGCUGUGCUCCGUCUCUGCUGAGGACACAUCUCCAGGACAGUCCAAAUCAAUGCCAACUCAGUCCCCCUGGACUAGGGGACUGGACUUUGGGCUGGCACAUGUGGUGGCCUCCUGCCACUGACUGGGCUUGUCCCUCAUGCCAUGCCUGGGUGGAAGCCCAGGGAGGAUUAAAGCAGACUGUUGGAGCUGAUGUGCUGGGUGCUGGCAUUGCCCCAAGUUCCCAGGGCAUUACCCCACUGGGGUCACCGUGGUGCUGCAGGGGCGAGGGUCUGGCAGUUUCCCCAGCUGGGAACUUUGGGAAUGAAAUCUGUAAGGGGGAAAGAAAGGGAAGGAGAGAGGUGAAGGGCAGGAAGAUUGAAGCUCACCCUUGGGGUCUGGGUGGGAAAGAUGGGUGGCAUCUUCACAGAGCUUAGCUCUCCCGUGGGAGUGGAGGGGAUGGAGCAGCAGGUGGAGGCCUUGGUAGCAGACACCCACAGUGAGAUGUCUGAGACUACCAAGUGAUUCAGGAAAGCAUCAUUUGGGGCAGGUUGAACAGCUUCAUCAGGGACCUCCUGAAGGAAAACAACCAGGUCGGUAUCACAUGGGACCAGAAGAUCCAAGUGGAUCUCCUGGAGAACAGGGAGGAGACGGCCAAGUGCCUAUUUUGCAAGUGCAGGGUCCCAGCCAGUAUAGACAUGGGUGAGGAAGGGAUGACAGGUUGGACACACUUUUGCUUCCCGGCUUUUCCCCUGGUCCAGGCAGCCUCAGUGCUCCAGGAGGAGCUCAGGAGCUGGGGAUGGAGCAGAAGAAUGUCGGUGCCAGCUGGAGCAGAGGAUGGAGGCAGCAGAAACACUGUGGUAUAUGUCAGUCAGCAAGUGUCCCAGUGCUUGUUCCAGUGCCUGCAGGAGGAGCUGCCUUUGCUGGGUGUCUCAGUAUUCCUGGGAUACAAUGCUGGGCAGGACAUGCUGGCACAGCCCAGGACUCCAAGACACAGCAGUGGUGAGGACACACUGCCUCAGUUUGCCCUCUCCACCAUGAGAACUGCAACGGGUCUGCGGGAAGCCAGAACUCCUGCAGCUGUUGGAAACUCCACAGUUUCGGCCAAAACCACUGAACUCAAAAACACUGUGAGGCCAGCCCUGAAACUUGCUGCAGCUCAGUGGGAGCAGCACGCUAUGAGAUUCCAGGCUCUUUGUGCUUGCCAGUUUCUCAACAAAGCUGAAGUGCCUUUGGACUCUACAGAAGUAGCUCCUAUUGCUCCCCAUUUCUCACUAGAAGCCUCGCUCCAAACUGGGCUGGUCGAACAGGGAUGGGAACACAGAUUUGAGCUGCAAUGCCAAGGACAACCCAAGCCUGGCAGGCGGUGCAUGGAAGAGAGGCAGGAGCACGGCAGAGUCAGGGUCCCCCAUUGUGACACUCCCCAGAAGCUGAAUGGGUGCUGGCCCAGCCAAAGCCUGCAAGGUCUGACCAGCACAAGGAUGUACAAGAAGCUCCACAGCUCAUAGCACCAACUCUGCUGUAGAAAUCAUCACUGAAUAAAAGGAAUUUUCAAAACCGUU